GGGUCAUCAUCAUCGCCACCACUCUACAGCUCGCGCCACUGAAGAAUUGGCCGUGAACAAGCAACGAUGAACAGGGAUCGCUCGAGUGCGUUGGCCAGCAGCGCAGCGGCCUUCUACUUCACGGCCCCUGGCGGUUCUUCGGAACCACUCAUGUCGACUGGCUUCGACCGCGUUUACUCGAUGCCCACUAUUCCUCCAGCCCGCGAAGACUUGGCGCCCACGUACGCUUCCCGCCGCUCCUUCAGGCAGGCGCAGCAGUGCUCGACGUCGGACUCUUUGCCUCUGGUGCCCCCGCCGACGCCGCAGCUGUCCGCACGAAUGGCGCCCGAAGACUGCGGAGACGACAACGCGCGGAACCGCCGAGUGCCCGCCCCACCGCCUAGCGCGACUCAGCUCAAGCGGCAAACCGUCGGUGACAAGGGCAUCGGUAAGCUGGCUCUCGUGCCCCUCACGCUGGGGCUGUGCGCUUUCGUCUGGCUCGUGGCGUCGGUCGCGCUGGCCAACCAAGCCGGCACUGUGGGCCAGGAGCUGGACGGCGCCCGGGAAGAAGCAGCCGAGCCCGCCGUCGUGCUUCAUCUGGAGAACUUCGGAUCUGCGCCCCCCCUCAAGGCGGGCGUUGGGGAAACCGUCGCGGAGAUCCGGACACGAGCGACCAGGACGGUGGGGCGCGGGAGGACCACGACGGCAUCGGGCCUGGCUACGGCGUAUACGAUGGACGAUCUGGAAGAGGACGACCUGUUCUGGGCGAGUUCGAAAGCCCACAAGACUGAGGGUCCACGGAAGAGCGAGGACGCCGACGCCACCGACGUCCUAUAUUUUACGCAGGAUGCGGAACCAACCCAGGGGUUCCAGGGGAUCCCGUCUACGGAAGCCCGUGUCGGGAGUGAGGCUGUUCGUACAGCGCAUCCCGAUGGCUCGACGACACGCGCCAAGCGCGGCCAUUCCAGGAAAGGGUCGCGCAGAUCCAAGCGACGGCACCUCUAUCCAAGGCGACAUAUUCAUCGAAGAGCGCCUUCAAAGUGAAAAGACAUCACUGGGUUAACGCAACCGCGUGCGAGCAAUUAAAUGCGAAUAUUUGCUCGACACACCGAGCGAAAACAAAACCCAAAAGCGCUUCUUCUGAAUAUAAUUUUUUUGUUCAAGUA